UAUAGUUAGCUGCCCCGCCUCCCACCAAGGGAGUCUAUAUAACCCUGGGGGAAUUCACAGCCUGUGUCUAGGCUGCUUGUCCUUCUGGACCCUGGGACAUCCCCACCAGCCCCACAGCUGCUCUUGACCCGCCUGCCUGUCCACUGAGAAAAAAUGGCCCCCAAGAAGGCAAAGAGAAGGGGAGCAGCCGAAGGUGGAAGCUCAAAUGUCUUCUCCAUGUUUGACCAAACACAAAUCCAGGAGUUCAAAGAGGCUUUCACCGUCAUUGACCAGAACAGAGAUGGAAUCAUCGACAAGGAAGAUCUGCGAGAUACAUUUGCUGCUAUGGGGCGUCUGAACGUGAAGAAUGAGGAGUUGGAUGCCAUGAUCAAGGAGGCCAGUGGCCCAAUCAACUUCACUGUCUUCCUGACCAUGUUUGGGGAGAAGCUGAAAGGUGCUGAUCCCGAGGACGUAAUCAUUGGUGCUUUCAAAGUCCUGGACCCUGAGGGCAAGGGCUCUGUGAAGAAGCAAUUUUUGGAAGAACUCUUGACCACCCAGUGUGACCGGUUCACCCCAGAAGAGAUCAAGAACAUGUGGCACGCCUUCCCUCCAGAUGUAGCUGGCAACGUUGACUACAAGAACAUUUGCUAUGUCAUCACACACGGAGAGGACAAAGAAGGGGAAUAAAAUCUCCCAAUUUUCCACCCUUGCUCUGUGGGGGAAUCCACCCAAACACCCCAAGGCUAGGGGAGUUUCCCUUAUGCUGGUCCCUGAUUAUCCAUACACUUUUGUACCCCAACAGUAUACAUGUAAAUCUGUUAUUUAUUACUAUUAGUAUUGUUUGGGGAGGAAAAAUAUACCCCCCAAAGCCAAUUCCUUGCCCACCUCAAUUAGUCUUAACCUAACUGGGACCUUCCUCUGUAAAAUGUCUUAAUAAAGAUGAAGACAGCUCUGUUUCUAAUGC